AUGCACCAGUCGACCCUAACGCACCAGUGGAUCCUAACGCACCAGUGGAUCCUAACGUACCAGUUGAUCCUAAUGCACCAUGCACCAGUAGACCCCAACGCACCAGUCGACCCCAACGCACCAGUUGAUCCUAACGCUCCAGUCGAUCCCAAUGCUCCAGUUGAUCCUAAUGCACCAGUCGACCCUAACGCACCAGUGGAUCCUAACGCACCAGUUGAUCCUAAUGCACCAGUAGAUCCCAACGCACCAGUUGAUCCCAACGCUCCAGUUGAUCCUAAUGCACCAGUAGAUCCUAAUGCACCAGUCGACCCUAACGCACCAGUGGAUCCUAACGCACCAGUGGAUCCUAACGUACCAGUUGAUCCUAAUGCACCAGUAGAUCCCAACGCACCAGUCGAUCCUAAUGCACCAGUAGACCCCAACGCACCAGUCGACCCUAGUGCUCCAGUAGAUCCCAAUGCUCCAGUUGAUCCUAAUGCACCAGUCGAUCCCAACGCACCAGUCGAUCCUAAUGCACCAGUAGAUCCCAUCGCACCAGUCGAUCCUAAUGCACCAGUAGACCCCAACGCACCAGUCGACCCUAACGCUCCAGUAGAUCCCAAUGCUCCAGUUGAUCCUAAUGCACCAGUAGAUCCCAACGCACCAGUUGAUCCUAAUGUACCAGUAGAUCCCAACGUACCAGUUGAUCCUAAUGCACCAGUAGAUCCCAACGCACCAGUUGAUCCAAAUGCACCAGUUGACCCUAACGCACCAGUUGAUCCCAAUGCACCAGUAGAUCCCAAUGCACCAGUUGAUCCUAAUGUACCAGUUGACCCCAAUGCUCCAGUUAAUCCUAAUGCACCAGUAGAUCCCAACGCACCAGUUGAUCCUAAUGCACCUGUAGAUCCAAACGCUCCAGUGGAUCCUAAUGCACCAGUCGAUCCCAAUGCACCAGUCGAUCCCAAUGCACCAGUCGAUCCCAACGCACCAGUUGAUCCAAGCGGUCCCGGUGGAUGGCCAUGGCAUCCACGGCCAACCAGUCACCCUAUUCCACAACAUCCAGUGUGGCCACAUCGUCCUCAUGGUCCAGGUAAUAACCACGGCCACCACAGCGGUCAUCACAGACCGACAGGAAAGCCUUUCUGGCCCAAUUGGCAUGAUUGGAUCACCAGUUGGCGUCCAACUGGAAAGCCCGAUCAGCCCACCGUUGCACCCACUGCAGCCCCAACAUUAUCCCCCACAAAAGCUCCCACAGCUGGCCCAACUGAGUCCAACAACAAGUCGGAAACAAGUGAAUCUGUAGAGCAACCGUCUGGUGGAGCCGUCUCCAAUGAGAACGCUUCGGUUGAAGAGAGCAACAAAGGUUCCAAAGGCAAGGAUAAACCAAAAUCUUCUGAGGAUCAGUCAAAAGAGCAGGACGAGAAGAAGAAGAAGCCGGACAACAACAAGUCGAAAGACUCUAAGGAGGAAAGCGAUAAGAAAAAGUCCAAUAGCUCCGAUGAGGAGAAAAGCGAGAGGAAGGGUAACAAGGACAGCGAUAAGAUAAAAUCCAGUAGCUCCGAUGAGGAGAAAAGCGAGAGGAACGGUAACAAGGACAGCGAUAAGAAGAAAUCUAAUAGCUCCGAUGAGGAGAAGAACGAGAAAAAGGUUAACAAGGACAGCGAUAAGAAAAAGUCCAAUAGCUCCGAUGAGGAGAAGAACGAAAAGAAAGACAAUGGGAACCACAAAGACAGCAAUAAAUCAAAGGAUUCCAAAGAGGAGAGAGACAGCGAACAGAAAAAGUCCAACGAAGAUGAGGAUAACGAAGCGCAAAGCUGGAGGGAGAAAAUGGAAUACGUAAAGAACGUCAUCAAAAAGCUGAAGGAUGAGGAGGAAUGCGAUGAGGACGAUGUCUAUCCAGAUGUGCGCGACUGCAAAAAGUAUUAUCGCUGUGAGGUGAAGAAAUCUGGCAAGCAUAGGUUCGUCCACCUGCGUUGCGACAGCAAGGAACACUUCGAUUAUCGCAGCCUGAAAUGCGUCUCCCGGAAUGACGCCGAGUGUCUGCACAAGUAGAAGGAAGCCACAUGCUGGAACAUCCCGAACAUGCAACAAAACCAAAUGCCGAACGAACUAAACGGAAACGAUAACUGUAGCAUUCGUACAAUAUAAUCUCACAAUAAAUUCAAUGAUAUUAGCAAUGAUA